GAUCGUUGGCUAGAGAGGCGCGACAGUGGCUGAGAUCCCGUCAGUGACUGCGGCUGCCUGCCAGUCCUAGAGCUGAACUCCGUGGGGUUGACCAACACUCCCCUUCUCUCUCUCUUUGACAUGAACUUUGUGUAAAAAGCCACCGCCCCGCCCUCCACUCUAUUUACUACUGCCCGCUAAGUAGAGGUCAACCCGGGUCAAAAGCUUGAGGUCUCGGGUCGUGCAGAAAGAAGUCUGCUGCAGUGGGUGUUUGUGGUGCUGUACCGAAAAAACUUUUUUGGGGGUUUUUAAAAGUCAAAAAAGGGCCAACUGAGCGAUGAUCGGUGUUAGUGAGGUAGCCUGAGUGCUACUACUAGCUACUAGUAGUAGUGGUGGUGGUGUUGUUGUGUGUUAAAGGGUGAUCAUAAUCUGACCUGGUUUUUCGGUACACAGCCAAGAUGAGGCAUAAAGUGAGGUGGUGGGAUUCCCUAUCCAUGCUCCAGCGAUGGACAGCUCUCGUGAUAGUCUUCCUCGCCUGCUUACCCGCGAUAUUAGCAGUCUACGACCACGACGACGACCUCCAGGUGCCACACACAGAAGUGGAGCAUUGGGCCAACAAGAUCGGCACCCACCUUUUCUACCUAUCCAACCUCUUCGCUCAGUAUGAUGAAAUCAGAGACAACUUCCGAGGAGCCAAGGUUCAGAGGAACGACGGCCUGCAGCUCGUCAAGGAGAUGGCGGAGGACGUCACCAACAUGAUGAAGUACAAGAUAGAGGCCGUCAAGCGCAUAAUGAACGUGGCCGAGGAAGCGUCUCUGGAUCAGUUUACCGACGACGACGAGGUGGAUUACUACAGCGCCAAGAAGCUGAACGAGUACUACAGCGAGGACGACAAAAAACGGCCCGGUCAGCUCAAAGAAGGAUACAGGGAGCUCAAACUCGUACCCAACUCGCAUUUUGACGGCAUACCCGUCAAUGAGAACUUCUCGUCCGUCCACGUGCCCACUAAUGUCUACGAUAAGGCGCCGGAUGUUCUUCGCGCCAUCAGGUGGUCCGGUCGGCUGGACCGAACCUUCAAGUCCAACUACGAACUUGAUCCUACGCUUUCCUGGCAAUACUUUGGUUCCUCAUCGGGCUUCCUUAGGCAGUAUCCCGCUACGAAGUGGGUUUUAGACGAAAGGGAUCCAGAUUUAUACGAUGCACGACUACGUUCCUGGUACAUUGAGGCUGCCAACAGCGCCAAGGACAUGGUCAUUCUUCUGGAUGUCUCAGGUUCAAUGACUGGACUGAAUCGCGAAAUCGCGAAGCAUGUAGUCCUCAACAUUUUGGAAACUCUCAACGAGAAUGACUUCGUCAAUGUUUAUAACUUCAACAAUGGCACCAAGGAGCUGGUUCCUUGCUUCCACAACACCCUUGUUCAGGCCAACUUGGAGAACAUCGGCGAGUUCAAGAAAGCUCUCUCUCAGGGGGAGACGAAGGACAUCGCCAACUUUACCCUCGCCCUCACCACCGCUUUCGAUCUGCUACAUCGGAAACUGCAGUAUAACAAGAGUGGCCAGGGAUCCCAGUGCAACCAGGCCAUCAUGUUGGUCACCGAUGGUGCCCCCAACCAGUUCGAAGAGAUCUUCGCCAAGUACAACUGGCCCCACCUUCAGGUCCGCGUCUUUACUUACCUCAUUGGCCGCCAGGAGGCCGCCGUUCGCAAUUUGAAAUGGAUGGCAUGUGCUAAUAAAGGUUAUUUUGUACACGUGACAACUUUGGCUGAAGUGCGCGAACAGGUGUUAAAAUAUAUUCCUGUGAUGGCUCGUCCAAUGGUUAUGUAUCAGACCAAUCAUCCUCAUGUCUGGACUGGUGUUUAUGCUGACAUCGCCCAUCCAAGGCAUGGUUAUUUGGACCCCAAGCAAACUGACUGGCUUUGGGAAGUAAGAGAAAGGAAACGGCAGAUGGACCGCACUAACAAUUACCGGAAGCUCCAGAAAAUCGCCGAGAGCAGGCCCAUACCCCUCCCAGAUCCAUCGAUGAUUCACGACGAAGCACAGGUCGAAAAAUUCUUAAAAUACGGAAAUUUCACUUUGACCCAAUCGGAGAUUGCGCGUAUCGAGGCCGAUAAGGAGCGGAAAGGGAGGCGCCAACGCAUGAGGCGAGAUGCAUCAUUCUUCACGUUGGGGAAUGGUGAUGAGGAUGCCCCACCCAGUGAAGGGGUUGCCCCAGGUGAAGGGGUUGAUGAGGAUGCCCCACCCAAUGAAGGGGGUGCCCCAGGUGAAGGGGGUGAUGAGGAUGCCCCACCCAGUGAAGGGGGUGCCCCAGGUGAAGGGGGGGAUGAUGCCCCAAGUGAUGGGGAUGUCCUCACUGAGGAGACACUGAAUCAAACUGGCCUCCGGCGCUCAAAGCGAGAUGUUUGUUUCAUGAUUCCCAAAAGAAUUCACGAUUAUGACUUGAAGAAACGAGUCGACCGUAUGUUUAGAGAAAUGGAUAGGCUAGAGGAAUAUUAUGAGCAUAAUAGAAUGGGACGUCGAGAAGCCCCAGGUCUCAGGGAUGGAUACAGGCUAAUGACAUCGGUAUCGAUCCCUGUGUUUGACCGCAGGAAAACUAUGAACAUCACCGAGCGAGUUUUGGUCAAUGAAUCCAUUUGGAUAAUGAGGACGAGAGAGGUCAGAUCAGCAAAUUUACUGGGAGUUGCAGGCACAGAUGUCCCAAUCAGAGAAAUUGAGAAACUUGUUCCCCCAUAUAAGCUUGGAGUAAACGGUUACUCAUUCAUGGUCAACCGCAAUGGAUACAUUCUUUACCACCCUGACCUGCGGCCUGUGCACGAAGAAGCAAAUGCUGAGGUACUGAGGAAGUCUCGUGAUAAGCGUAAAUGGUUCCAGGACAUACUGAAACCCAAUUACAACAGUGUGGACUUCGCCGAGGUCGAGUUGUUCGACAAAGAAGAUGAUCUUCGCUCCAAUGAUUCGGAACUUCUCGCGCUGACAAUGGGGAGAGAUUAUAAUAACAAGCUUCGCCGAGAUCUAAUAGAGCAACGUGCAGUUGAAACCUUGCAAGAUGUCAAGGUUCACUUGGAUGGAAUGAAACGAGUUGUGACAAGAGGGCAGUGGUACUACACUCAAAAGGUGGAAGAUACGCCCUUCAGUCUCGGAAUUGCUUUACCCGAGAAAUAUGGUAGAUACAAAGUUUUCGGUCAGAUUGAGCUCAGCAGGGCCAUACAAGAUCCCAGAUCAAAUAGAGCAAUGGAUCACUUCUCCUCCGGGAACUGGACUUUACAUCCUGAAUGGGUGUAUUGCGAAUAUAAGUAUGAUGACGGCCAUCAUAACCUUACCCCUGAGCAACUGAUGACCGAUUUCCUUUCGAGGGCUCAAAAGCCCCACUGGAAGUGGCGCUCCACCCGUACCCGCCCUUUACCCGAACCCUCGUUGUCCCACACAUCAUCCAAAUCGCGGAUGUCUGGCGGACUCGAGAAUGAAAGACGAGAGAACUACUACUGCGACAAAGACCUCAUCCAAAGUCUUCUGUUUGACGCCCGCGCUACCAACGUUUACUUUGCCAACAAAAAAAUGUUUGAAGAUUCCAUUAAUGGAGACAGAAACCCUAUGGAGAUGUACAUGGCACUACUCUUCAGUAGUACUAAACGCCACAUCACUGGUAUCACCACAUCUUUUGUCGCUACACGAAGUGGUCUCACCAGAUGGUUCGACAUCCCAAAGCACAAUAGCAGUGAAGACCCGAAGAUUCAGGAAGGAUUACCACACUUCAUGCAAGUACACAACAGGGCCAUAGAUGAGGUCUGGUACAAGAGGGCAGUGGAUUACUAUGAACAAGAUCCACUAGCCUAUGUUUACUCUGUUCCAUUCGAUGCUGCCACACAAGAUCCAGGUGAUGUGCUGGUGGUAGCUACCCGUGCCAUUUUCAUAGAAGAAAAUAACUCCAAAAAAGCUCCAGCUGCAGUUGUGGGCGUCACUAUCAAGCAUAGUCAAUUUGUUGAAUAUUUCAUAAAUGAAACCUCAAAGUGCCCAUCGUAUCCUUCAAGAGAUAAUGGUUGCAAAGAUGGCAAAACCUGCAGCAGUCCCCAUUUAGAUUGCUAUCUGCUUGAUGAUAAUGGAUUUAUCAUUGCAUCAGACAAAAAAGAUUCCACUGGGAAAUUCUUUGGCACAAUAGAGGGAACUAUUAUGGAGUCCUUAGUACAAAGUGAAGUUUAUAAGAGGGUCAGAAUUCUUGACUACCAGGCUGUGUGCCUUGAUAGUGAUAUGGAACCAAGCAGCUCUUCCAUCUUAUAUACGCCUGUACAAAUGAUCAAGUGGUCAUUCAACUGGAUUGUUGGGAACAUCUUUUGGCUAAUGGUCAAGACACAUCUUUACACGCUUUGGGAUCCCAAUGAAGCUUGGGCCUACACCCAUGUGGAGAGAGAUGCCCAGUACCCAGUUGUGAAUGAACCAUCUCCAGAUUACCCCGACCACAAGGAAUACAGUGAACCAAGAGUAGAAAGAGCCAUACCCGAUUAUAUGGCAGAUGAAGCUACGGCAAUCGAAGAAGUUGUUGCAGAUUAUGAGCCUCCAGACUUCAGUGGGGAUGCAGCAGAGGAUGCUUAUUACCCAGAAUCAGAAUCAAGCGGGGAAAGUUCAGGUGAAGGAUCAGGCUCUGAGCCGGAAGAAGCUUCUGGGGAACCUCCAGUCCCAGAAUAUGAUGUGAUGGAUGUGAUGGAUACAUACGACACUGAUGUUGGGAGCGGAUCGGGUGAUGGAGACGCAGAUCCCGAAGCUGUUUUAACAGAGUAUGACGACAUUCUGGAAGAGAUUUAUGAUGAUGGCUUUCCAGAUGACAGCGAGCCAUACGAGGAUUACGACAAUGUGGAAAAAUCUGUUGCUUUCCCCAGCCUGGAGACACCGACCACCACCGAAGACAUAAAGGUAGAGCAGGCUCCGACUCCCUCUGAAGAGAAAAAGUCAGAAAAGCUGGAGUUUCCAAUAGAGUUGGCAUAUAUCAACAAGACAAAGCCUCGCCCCUGUGAUAAAGAGGUUAACUUAUACAUACUUCAAAAUAACAAGCUGAAGCAAGAUGGUGUAUACAAACCAGUGAAGGGGAAGCUUUCAAAUUGUCAUGCAAAUGGCUGUGGCAGGCCAUUUAGUGUUCAGAAGGUGAAAUCAACAAACCUAAUUUUGGUUGCUGUGAAUAAUCAGUGCAAGUGUGAAUCAAGAAACGUAGACAUUGAGCCAGCGGAAGUGGACUAUAAUGAAACGAUGCAUUGUAAUCGGUUGCUUCUCAGUCACUUCAGAAGAAGACCUCAGAACUGUUAUAAUUAUCAUCCAGAAGAAACAGAAAUUAAGUUGUGUGGAGGGGCUGGAUCCCUAGGGCUACCCUCUCUCACCAUGUUAAUUUCCUUGGUGUUGGCACACAUGUGCUACACCCUAAAGCUCCAUUCGUGAUAGUUGCGUCUCCUACUUUAGUGGUGGCGCGUGGAAGAAAAUUGAAGUCGUUAAUGUGGAAACAGUGUUUUCCUUAUUUAUAAUUUCAUACUACAUGUCCUAUUGAUCAUUAUUGUGAUUAGGAGGGAGUAAGAAGACAAGUCAAGUGUCACGAGAAAUGUUUCUUUUCUCAUUUUUAUAUGAUUUACUUUGUUUUCAUUUUAUUACUAGCUGUGGAAGGAUGAGUAUAUGCUAUGAGGAAAUGUGGAUUGGACCUUUUAUUUUGUUGAGACCUGCCAAAUAGUAUCUCUGUUUAAUAUAUUUCCUCUUUACUGUGUGUACAUACUGUGUGAUUUCUCAAGUAUAUAUAAAUGCAGUAUAUAUAUAUAUAAAUAUAUAUAUAUAUAAACCAGAAGGUGCAGUCUGUCAGGAAACAACUCUCCUAUGUUAGUAAGAACAAGUGUUUUAAUUGUUUUGUUUCUGACGAGGCAUUUGGAAUGUCAAGAGACUAGGGCUCUUAUGAAGUACAAUAGAGAUUUUAGAGUAUACUUUGGGAAUAAGAUUGGUAAAGGACAGUAAAUGAUAGUCCAUGAUAAAUGAAGAACAUAUGCAGUUUGUGAAACAAAAUGCAUUGAAAAUAACAUUCUGUUCUUCAAGUUACCCUUUGGAAAAGUCAAAAUUCGUUCUCAUCUGUGAUGGACAAGUUCUAAUCCAAGACUCAUGUGUGAUCUUGUUUAGAAUGGAUGUUAAAAGGAUUUUAAGAGUUAGGACUAACUGAAAGCUCCCUACAAGUGGACAUGAAAAAUUUUCUAACACUUUUUAAUGGAUUGUAAAACUUCAUAUUCUCAACAGAAUUUAAGUUACAAAUACAUUGUUAAAUGAAUUUUCUGAAAACAAGGACACCCUUUAUGAAAGUACGCAAUCAAUGAAUCAGUGAAGGAUAUAGGUGAUUUACUGAUAAGUGGAAUGCCAAGUUUUUUAUUUUGUCUGUAAAUAUAACUUUAUGGCAAUUGGCAAUUAGAUGUAUGCCGUUGCAUUUCUACAAAUACGGAUGGUUCAAUGUAUCUAAGAAAAAAUCUUAAUAGUCAAUAUUUCUCAGCUAAUAGAUUUAUACUUCACAUAGUGAUUUUUAGACACUGUAGUCUUGGUAUUUUAUUUCUAAUUUCAACUAUCUGAGUUUUAAAGAAAAGAGGAAUUAUUGUUCAUAAACAAUAUAUAUAUUACUAAGAAUUGUUGAAUUAGUAACUACUGCAUUGCCAUUUGUUGAGAAUUUUUUUUUUGUUUCUAGUUAAUAAGACAGAUCAGUUUUUAAUUUUUAUAACAUUUUCCCCUUCUUUUAGAAAUAGAAAUUCGUUCAUAGAAACCAUUAAGCCAACUGUUCAUUGGUUAAAACUUAAAUGCCAGGCAGUAUUGGUUAAUACAUUACUACUACAUGCUAAAACACCUAAAGUCUUGUCUCAUGUUCUUUCAUGUACAUGAAUUAUUGUUCUUUUUAUUGUUGUUGGUUAAUUUCAUUAAUGCUAUAGGUUCUGAAUGGUAUUUUUUGAGAUGUCUAUAUAAUAAUAUAUACUACAGUAUUAGGGUCAUGAGACCUCAGCUGUGAUGAGAUAUACUAGUAAUUUAUGCUGCAGUAGGGUGUUGUUACAGCUUAUAUGUGGCAGUUCAUUAUUUACUGGGUUCUUUUAGUACUUUUUCAUUAUGGAUCCCUCGGGAUUGUUUUACAGUGAUGAUGUUGAUGAAUGUAAAAUAAGAACAUUUUAUUGCUGAGGGUCUUUUCCUCACUUAUGCCCUACUAUAAAUUGGAUGCAUAGGUGUAAGAAAAUGGAUUUGGGCCUUCAACAUUAGAGAUUCUAUCUUUUUCUAAUGAAUUUUCCAAAAUGGAUAUUAGCUUUAUUGAAUUUUAGUGCAUAAGUGUAACUGCAAUAUCCAGGAGAUAUUUUGAUGUCCUAUAGAACCACUUUAGUUAUAAUCAAAGUUAGAUUUGUGGUCAAAAUGUUAAAUAAGGAAGUUGUUUGAUGUAUAUCUAUCUCAUUGAAUUUAAGUUUCAGUAAGUUGUAUAUUCAGAGUUUCAGAUCAUGCAAUGGAAAAUGAGCUCCUUACCAGUAGUCUGAAAGGGCCCUAAAGAUGAGUUGCCUUGGUCAUAUUUUCUUACUUUUUGUUUGUUUGUUUGCAUGAAGUGACAUCAUUUACUCCUAGCCAAAAUUUGGUAUCAUAUUUAUAACAGUUGAGAAAAGUUUACUAGAUUUAAAUCAUGUUCAGUAAUUUUUAAAAGAUAUGUAAAUAAUGAAUUAUGAUGUGCUGUACAUGUACUGUUGUAGAUGUAAACUGGAGUCCAUAAUUUCAGCUAGAGACUAUUUAAGGUUAUUUAAGAAUCAAGGUGGUGUUAUUCCAUAUGGAUAUUUAAUUGCUCUUAGUCACUCAUUGUACAUGUAAAUUACUGUACGGUAUUGUUUUUCUGAUCUUAUGACUUGUACUUGUUGUCAGAGUUUCUACUGGUCAAUAGCCCGGUUGCUGGAGAAUGCAUGUCUGGGAAGAGUAAUGGACUUCGCCUCUUUAUUUUUUCACUAUAUUGAUUGCUAAUGGUGUGUGGGAAAAAGGCCUAUCUUUUUUCCUGUAUCUUUCUUUCAUCAUCCUAAGACAACAGAUAUGUUUAUCUAAUCUACAGUAACUGUUGAAUAUAGUUGAUGUAUCUGUAGUAAGUAGUCAAGAGAAAUCUGAAGUGUAAAUUCAGUCAGCUGAAAGCCAUUAUUCUUCCAUAGUAAUAUGAUACAGUAUAUGCUUUUUUAUCUAUCUGUUGUGAAUUGCAGAUAAAUGUAGUUGUGUUUAGAGUCAUAAUUAUUCAUAAUUAUUUUUUUCUCAGUGUUAAUGGGAUUGCUUAUCCUUUUGUGAAAAGGGCAAAUAAUUGAGCUUGAAUGCUGUAAUUUCUAAGAAAAGCUAUAAUGAUCCUGGUGAUCUAAUAUAUAUAUAAGAAAUAUACUCCCUAUAGUGCCACAAGACUGCAGGAGAUCAUCUGUUUAGAUGUGAUGUAUUAAAUUACUUAAGAACUUCCAUCUCGGCUUAGUGUUCAAGCAUUACUAUCUGAUUUUUUGCGGAGUACAAAAAAGGGAAAAGAGUUGGUACUGAAGUGCUGUAAGAUUUGAUUCACAUCUUCAAAGGUAGCGAGACAUUAUGUCCUGAAAACCUUCCAGUUCUAUGGAAGCAGUUAUCUUACAUUCAAAUUAAGUCUACUUUGUCAUUAACAAUGGGGGUAAUUGAUUAGUUAAAGAAAUGGUGAACUAGAGUUCCAGUUGUUCAAGAAGCCCAUAUGGCCACAUAAGUUAUGUCAAGACCCUCAUUUCAAAGAGCAUAUUCAACAGUGCUUCUCAGAGCUUUGAGUAUAGUAGAUGGAGCUUUGAUUAUUGAUCGACGAUAUAUUAUUUAGGAUGCUAAGCACAUUUUAUCAACUACCCUGUUUGUAUCCGCUUCCAAGUAAUAUAGUGUGUGAUGAUGAAAACCUCACACGUUUGCUAUGAUUAUUUGCCUGUCAGAGAGAUGAUUAUUCACCUGCUAUUUUGUUUCCAAGGUCUAUUCUCUGCAAAAAAGAAAUAAAUGCAGCCACAGAUUUUUUAGUUUUGGCUGUCAGGUGAUAUAGUCUUGCAGGUGUAGAUGAUUAAACAAUUGCUAAGGUUCUCAGUUGUAGAUCAACUAUGGGCUUGUGUGCGCUGUAAGUUUCCCCUUAUCCUCAUGAUGUUUUAGUUGUUCUUGUAAAAGAAAUUUCCCAGUGGGUUUCUUUUUCUCACUUUUUUAUGUGGAUUUCUUCUCUAUCAGCCGCAUAAUAUGAAAAAGACCCCAAAGUAGUUAUAUACAUUGAUUAGUAGUGGAGAAAAUUUUGCUAUACAGAAAUAAAAGUAAAGCAUUACAUAGAAUGCUAUUGUCUCUCCACUUUUUAGAGAAACUUUGUCUUAUGGUCGGGUUUCAAUUUCUGAAGUUGGCAAUCAGUUAUAAUCUUGUAUAGGAAGUUAGGAAGAUGUAGAAACCAAGGAAUGUUUAGAGUAUCUUCCAUGCAAUUAUUACAUGGUACCAAACUUCAGAAUUUAAUUGUUUAGGGAAAUAAAAUGCUACCUUGUAUAAUGAGAGGAUCCCAGCAUUGUAAUUCACUUCAUAAUGGGCGAUAUUAGGUAAUUUAUCAGUUAAGGGCCAAGUUGAAAUAGGGCGAGAGGUCUCCCUGACUGUGGACCAACCAGCACCCCGCACCAGCAAAGGUCGCGUCCUGCUGCUACCAUCGGUAGAAGGCAUUUCAAUCUUUUUCUGAUUUCGGUGUUACCCAUACUGGUUUUUAUUACAAUUAUGGUUAUUAAUAAAAAAAAUAUUUAACUGCUAAACAAUAAGAAGAAUUGUUAAUUGCUAAACAAUAAGAAGAAUGUUUUUAUCAGGUACCUCUGGUAAACUCAAUUUUUUUUCUUUUAUCUUGAAAGUAGUCACAAAAUUACACAAAUAUUACUUAUCCAUUAAAACUUUUACUGGACCAUCUGAUAAUGGGAACAGCAAAGUACUUGUAAAAAAAAAUAAUGGUUUUUGGGAGACUUAAGUUUCUGACAUUUUAAAACUGUUGACUUUCUUACUGACAUGCUCCAUGACAUACCAGAGUGUAUAGUAAUGUAUGAAUGUACUGCUAUACAAUAUCAUAUUUAUAUAAUUGCCUGUUAUUUGUAUUUCUUCUAAGCAAAAUUCUCUUUUAAAAAUAUAUAGAUUCUUUAAACAAAUUUAAAUUAGAAAAUUUUUACUAAAAUUCAGAUACUGUUUUUACUUGUAGGUAAUGCACCGGAAAACUUGAAACUUCUGUAAAAACAAAAGAAAAAAAAAGCACUAAUUACACAAAAAUUGAGGGGAGACCUUUCGCCCUGGGGUCAUUAGUGAGGGGAAGCUGAUGACCUGUCAUUUCGGGUCAAAUGAGGUCGGGUGCAAACAGACAUUAGUCUAGAUAUCCAUUUAAUAUAUUUUUGAUAUAGGUAAAAUAUGUCAAUUUAAAGGUAUUUUAUGUAGACACAAUUCAUGUACUAGUGAUAUUUCCAUGCUGAUUCAGAAGAGAAAAAAGAAAUCGUUAAAAAUGAAAAUACUUUCUAACUUCCAACCAUUUAAAUCAAAGCAACUUUAUAAUGGAGGAAGGUGGAACUAAACUGUAAUAUGUAUAUCAGUGAAAACAUGAUUAAUGUAUGCACCUGACCCUUUGACCUGUAACAGGAGAACAGUGACCUGAACGUCAUGCUGUUAUCUGACCAGCGCUGCCUGAGGUGACGCUUGUCGGUACACUGUAAAGUAAUCAGAGCAAGUUCAGAGGGCUAACAGUGUUCCUUGUAUACAUUUAAUAAUUGUUUCUCAUAGUAUGUGCAGUAUUUGAUUGAUACCUAGGGAUUACAUGCACAAUUAUUUGGUUUUUUGUUAUUUUUCUAGUUAUUUCUGCACUAUUGUGAAACACUUAAUUUAUUCUGUCUCAGAAGAAUGAGGAAAUAUUUGGAUGGAAUGUCAGAUAUAGCCAGAAACAAAAUUUAUAAUAUUCAUAACUCAACUCUGUACAUUUGACUUCAAUCUAGAUUAAGUGUUGAAAGAAUGCCUUUGUGACUAUGAAGCCUGCCAUUUUUUCAUUGCUGCUCAGUGUGCAUAAUUUUGCCACUGUCAGUGCUAUGUUGCUUUGGUAUGGAAAAGGAUAAUCGUACUGGAUUAAAAGCCAUAAAAGUAAGGGAGAUUGACUGAAGGACUUGUCAAAACCAAUCUAGCUGAAAAUAUUUCAACAGCAAGCAAAUAAAUCUCACCAAACAGAAUAUUUUAACAACUGAAACUAACUUAUCUCUGAAAUUCAGUACCUCUCUGGUUAUUGAAACAUAUCUUUGGCCGAUAAAAAUUCAGUGAACGUGUCAGAAAUAUAUUAUGUAAUACUUUAUAUAAUUAGUUUUUACCUUUAUAGAUUAUUGUCUAUUACUAAACUGAUUUAUUCUUACCUUUGUAAAAUUUUGUAAACUGCAGACUUUACAGUAUUGUAGAGGCAUAGUUAUAUAGGCCACCAUCGUAUGCUGCUCUAAUCUUCCGUACUAGAGAAAUAAAAAAAAAAAAAAGUUGGAAUUACAUAUCAGCAAACAUCCCUUUUUCACACUACUGCAUAUCAAUGAAAUGUUGAACCUGGUUAAUAUGCUGUCAUGUAAAUAGGUCACUACUGCUUUUGUGAUGGAAUAUGCAUUUUGAAUUGCUUAUAGUAACUGAUACAGUCCUCAUUCCAGAUCUGUUAAAAAAAACGAACAAUAAGCUUUCAAAAUAUAUAUUGUAAGUUUUCCUUGGAAAAAGAAGUGUACUUUGCAAGUGAACAUGCAUGUUAGCCCUCUUAACCUGCUUCUGUGCAUUAAGAUUAUGAUAUUCAUUCAUAAUUUGGUCACGUCAUAUGUAAGUUUAAAUGGAGAUUUAAGAAAAUGGCAGAACCAAUCGAGCACUAUGUUUUGGGAUUUAAAAAGAAAAUGUUACUUUUCCAUUUUAAAAUAUGAACCACCUUGUUAACAAUAAAACACAGAGGCAUACAUACAGUCAGUAUACAUAUCACUAAUGUAAUUUUGUGCUUAAAUAUGAACAUUGAACUGCAUUUAGAGAUACCUAUUGAAUUAUGAAACAAAGAUUCUGCCAUCAAAUUUGCCUUGACUUGAGUAGUUUAAAACCCCAGGCGGUGCUCUAUGGUAUAUUAUCUCCUUUAACUCUUUUUGCCGAGUUGGAUACAAGGAACAUAGUACAGUGCGUACACGAAACUCGUCUCCAUUCAGCUGAAGAAGAAAAUGAAAAUAGGUUUCAUUGACUUUUGCCCUUUAACUAUACAUUUUUUUUUUACAGUUUCUUUUUUUUUUAUCCAGUAUUCUUAAUGGAGAUGUAUGUCCUGUUGUUCCAUAUCCGGCAUGGCUUUUCUUGUCCCAGCUUCUCUUGUUUGUCAAUGUUGCCUCGGUAUUUGAGUGUUCUGUUUCUGAUUUUGAGUUUGUAAUCCAUUUAAACAGUGAUUAAGCCUACAGAUGUGUACAGAAACUUCCAGUUGUGUCUCAUAUGUAUGGCUUACAAACAGUUACAUAAGUGAUAAUUGUUGUUUUCUUUUAUAAAUGUUUUGUUUUACAUGUGCAAAGUAUCGUAAUUUUAAAACUCUUUGUCUUCCAAGCACAUGGUAAUACCUCAUUAUUCGCUGCACUUCACACUUGAACCUCAAGUUAUCACACACAACACAAGUAGACAGUAAAUAUAUAUAUAUAUAUAACUUGUCAGUUCCAUGAACUUUUCACUAUUUUGUUUUGAAAUGCAAUAGAAUACCAAGUUAUUUGUUGGUCAGUGAAGAUAGUAAGUGUUAUUAUAGAAAUGAUUAUGAAUUUAAUGAAAGAUUCUAAAGUUCAUGGAUACUGAUAUGUACAAUGAUUAUUGCCAUUCAAGUGUGUGCAGUGGUUGCUGACAUCUCAACUACAAAGAUGAUUAUUUAUGAAUUUUAUUUUAUAUGUGACUCACAUUAUUCUGUUAAAAAAACAAAACAAGGUUUCUAAGGUUGUUGAUAUCAACACCACUGCAGUUCCCAGGUAAAUCAUAAUGUUGAUGUUUUCAUGGCUGCAACUCCUAAUAUAUGUGGCUUGAAGAUGUCACUGCUGCAACUGCUGUCUAUGUGGUUGUUUUUAAAAUAAUGUACCAGCCAGAGCACUCAAAUGUACCGACCACGGCAUGGCUUCGUAGCUAAACUUUCAGGUGACGUGUUCUUCUAACCUCCCUGCGUAACGGUUUCUUCCAUGCGACGCCUUCACUCCUCACGAGAGUUCAUUUGUAUCUUGAGGACACAAUAAAAUGUUAAUUGUCAAA